AUGGCUGUGCUGCGCCCGCAGGCAGCCCCCGAAGCGGUCGACGCCAUGACGGGCAACCUGGUGUUCUGUUUCGAAACGAAUAUUAAUGGCAACUGCCACAAUGUUUCGACCCUGGUUGAAGCCGGGUCGCCUGGUGGCCAUGACGAUCACCGUAUACCCUUCGUGCGUGGGCAGCUCUCUCUGCCCGUCGCGAAACCGCCAGAGGAAUUCACGGAGGAGGAGAGGGCGGGCGUGCCCUCGCGGCGGAAAUGCUGCAAGUGCUGGGAGACUUGCAGCCUGUUCAAGCCGCUCGAGGUGUGCGAGGAAUGCAAUCACCCUUUUACCGAUUGCCCAACAUGCAUGAUCGUCGACUCUUCGGGGUCACGCGAGAUUGCAACUAUCGAUCACCUACCCGCCGGCGAGUUCGACCAAACGCCAGAAUAUUGGAGGUGCAACACCUGCGAGCACGUCAACCCCUUCGACAGCGAUGGGCCCAUCAACGGAUUCUUGGCGCCAUUGGUGUCAGAUUACAUGGACGACAUGGAGUGCAGGAAGUGUGGUGGGCCAUUCACUGAGAACAAUUGGGUCAUCAGCCCGUUUUGGGUGUACCUCGGGACUUGGAAUGGAAAGGUUGUCGCUGAGGGUGGCCCGUGGCACUGGAGCGCAGCGUGGCAUAAAGAUCGCGCCGGGGAGACUCACACCAAGGACGACUGCUACUCCGCGAGGAAAAGCGGCAGGCGAAGGCGCGAGAAUCCUUGCAUCAACAAGAGCUUCGCCGCUGAGCCCGUGGUAAAGCCUCCCAUACCGCCUAUCCUGGUCGUGGACACGGAUCACCACUCUUUACCUCCACCUUCCGCCGGUCUGACACCCCUCCAAGAGGAACAUGGAUACGGUAGCGACAGGGAGACCGCGCCGGGGUUCCAACAGCAAGCCUUCCUUCAUCCCGAUAACCAGACUCUGGGAACCGGUGGCUUCACCAUCGGCGACUAUGAGCGUGACGAUGGUGAGCCCGAAAUUCCCGACGGGCAACGCGGCUUGGCAGUUCCCGACGACGACCAAGAGCCAGACCUGGGAUCAUAUUACGAUACUCCAGCUGAUGACAAUGAGUUAUCAGGAGAUGGAGUGCAGGCGCGGGAGUUUGAACCUUCUCUCGUUCAAGCCGGACAAGCCCCGCUUAAUGUUCAACGCGGCGCGAGAGAAAGCACCAUGGGCGACAACUACUACGCCCCAUUAAUCCAAGACGACAUUGCGAGCGAGGCUGGGCCACCAUCGGACACUGCUGACUUCUACUUUAUAGAAGAGGAUCUACAGGAAGACGACCUCCUGAACGCGUAUGGGGAUGAGGAGGGACUCCCGGAGAACGAUGUUCCCGAGGAUGGCACACGAGACUUGGAUUUUGUUGAAGACAACCAAGAAUUCCUAGCCGAUGAUGCGUCUCUCGAGCCACAAGCAGACCUCGAACUUCCUUUGGAAGACGGCAUCCAACCUCCCCUUCCACUGGACGAAGACAUGCCCCUCGAAGAAGAGAUCUCCUUCGAGGAAGAGGUGCCCUUCAGCGAAGAGAUUCCCGGCGACGAGGAGAUCCCCUUGGAUCCGGAAUUCCUACCAGAGGACGAUAGCCGCGAGCUCGAGCUCGAGGAUAUCCCCGAAGAAUUUGACUCUAGCCUCAACGCCGACGAGCUCAACGCAGACCCCGACACAACCGCCACUCAAGAUUUCGCUCAAGAUCUCCCCCAAGAAGAGUUCAUGGACGAUCUCCCAGAAGAAGAAUUCGCCGAGGAUCUUCCCCAAGAAGAGUUCAUGGAUGGCCCCGAAGAAGAAUUCAUGGACGAUGUUCCCCGAGAAGAGUCCAUGGACGAUCUACCCCCACAAGAAGAGUUCGCCGAAGACCUCCAGGCUGCCGAUGCAGACCUUCCCCCACCAGAAGAAGAAGCAAAGCCCGCGCUGCCCUACCUCACCGACGGCCACUCCGUCAUACCCCGCAACGGGUUUGCCAUCCUCGACACCCCCGAGGCGGCCUCCCACUGCCCGGCCGGCAUGACCCACGACACCUCCUGGGACAGCGACGUGGACGGCGAGGAUGAAGAUGAAGACCUCCUCGCCGAUGGCGAUGUCCAGGAUGUGGGUGAGGAGGAGUUCCUUCCUGAGGAUGGGGAGCCGGGGUUUGAAGAUGGCGAGGGUGAGUUUGCUGAGGGGGAGGAGGGGUUCGAGGGUGAGGAUGGGGAGAGGGGAUUGGAUGAGGAGGGGUUGGAAGACGGGGAGCUGGACGAAGAGGAGCUCGGAGAGGGGGAGGAGGAGUUUGCCGAGGGAGAGGAAGGCGAAUUCCCUGAGGAAGAGGCGCUCGAGGAUGGGGAGCGCUCCCUUGAGGACGAGUUCGCCGAGGGCGAGGAACCGCUCGAGGGGGAGGAACCCUUUGAAGGCGAGGGUGAACCCCUUGACGAGGAGUUCCUCGAUGGCGAAGACGGCGAGCGCGGCCUCGACGGGGAGUUCGCUGAUGAAGGCGAGUUCGCUGAGGAGGGUGAGUUCGCCGAUGAGGGGCUUCCUGAAGAUGGCGAGUUUGCCGAGGAUGGAAUCCCCGAGGAUGGCGAGUUCGACCCCGGGAUGGGUGAGGAGAUGCUCGAGGAUGGCGAACGCGGCCUCGACGAGGAGUUCCUCCCUGAAGGCGAAGGUGAGUUCCCGGCCGAAGGGGAGGAAGAGUUCCCACCAGAAGAUGGGGAAUUUGGCGAAGGUGAGUUUCCACUGGAAGGGGAGGAGGAGUUCCUCCCUGAAGGUGAAGACGGCUUUCCCGCCGAAGGCGAGGAAUUCAACCCCGAAGAAGGAGAGUUUGUAGAAGACGGUGAACGCGGCCUUGAGGACGGCGAAUUCGCCGAUGGUGAGCUCAUGGAAGGCGAAGAGUUCCCACCAGAAGGGGAGGAAGAGUUCCUGCCGGAAGGGGAGGAAGAGUUUCUGCCUGAAGGGGAGGGAGAGUUCCUACCAGAAGAUGGCGAAUUCGCUGAUGACGAUUUUGCUGGUGGCGAAUUCCCCGAAGACGGAUAUGCCGAUGGCGGAUUCGACGAUGGUGGGCUCGCAGACGGCGGGUUCGACGAGGGUGGAUUCCCUGCGGACGGCGAGCGUGGUUUCGCCGACGACUUCGGCGGGCAACCCAUGGACGACGGCUACGGCGGUGGUGGGGGCUACGGUGACGAUGGUUAUGCCGACGGAGGGGGAUAUGACGACGCCGGCUAUCCACAAGAAGGUUUCGCCGAUGACUCAUACCCUGGCGGAGACAGCGGUGGCGGUGAUUACUCUGGAGAUGGUUAUGGUGGUGACGACUACGCUGGCGACGACUACGCCGGGGACGGAUACCCCGCCGACGACUAUCAGGACGGCACCCCCGAAGGUGAAUAUAUCGAGGGCGAGCCCGCCUUUGACGACAAUCCUGAGGAGUUACAGGACGCCGACUUCGUCGAAGGAGAAUUAAACGACGACGAGGUUGUUGACGACCAACUCCCCGAAGAAGAACCCCUUCCUGACGGGGAUUUCGAGGAGGCCGUGGACGACGUCGAUGGGGAAUUCGCUGACGGCGAACUUGCUGACGAUCAACUUGAAGGCGAGUUCGCUGACGGAGAGAUAGGCGAAGAGCAAGCCCUCGAGGACGGGGGCGAAAUUCUCGACGAUGGCGAGCGCGGCCUCGAAGAAGAGCCGCUUGACGAAGAAGCACCACUGGACGAUGAACUGCCCCUAGACGAAGAGCCGCCUCUUGACGAAGAACUGCCCCUGGAGGAAGAACUACCCUUGGACGAAGAGCCUCCUUUUGAUGAGGAACCCCCUCUCGACGAAGAACCACCUCUCGAUGAAGAGCCACCUUUCGAUGAUGAGCCCCCCUUGGAGGAAGAACUCCCCGCCGACGAAGAAUUCCCAACGGAAGAAGAGCUUCCCUUGGAGGAUGAUAUACCUCUUGAGGAUGGCGAACGGGGUUUUGACGACGAGAUGCCUCCAGACGACCAGCCCUUUGAUGAAGCACCCCUCGACGAUGCCCCGUUUGACGAGGCACCACUCGAUGAUGCCCCAUUUGACGAAGCACCACUCGACAAUGCCCCGUUUGAUGAAGCACCCCUUGACGAUGCCCCUUUUGACGACCAGUUCCAAGAGCAGGCCUUCGAUGAUCAGCCAUUUGAUGAUCAGGCAAGGGGCUUCGACGAUGGUGGAGGAUUUGACGAUGGUGGAGGAUUUGAUGAUGGUGCAGGUUUCAACGAUGGGGGAGGAUUUGACGAUAGUAGAGGAUUUAACGAUAGUAGAGGAUUUGACGACGGUGGAGGUUUCAACGAUGGGGGAUUUGAUGAUGGUGGGGGCUACAACGAUGGUGGAGGUUUCGACGACGGUGGAGGUUUAAACGAUACUAGAGGUUUCGACGACGGCGGGUUCAACGACGGUGGAGGUUAUGAUGGAGGGGGUUAUGAUGAUGGCGGCGCUUACAAUGACUCCGGCGCCUACAACGAUCCCGCUCCUUACGACGACGGGGGCUACAAUGAUUCCGGGGCCUUUAACGACCCCGCUCCUUAUGACGACGGGGGCUACAACGAUUCCGGGGCUUUCAAUGACGCUACUUACGACGACGGCGGAGCAUACAACGAUACCGGCACGUUCGAUGGCCAACCGCCUGUCGACGAUCCGGCUCUCUACGACAAUGCUGCUCCGUAUGAUGAUGCCGCUCCGUACGACGAUGCGCCUCCAUACGAUGACCCUGUUCCAACUGCAGAGUUAGAGCCGUUAGAGUCACCAGUUCCAUUUGAUCAGGAUCAGAUCGUGGAUAAUCAGCCACUAGACGACGAGGUUCAUGUGGAUGAACUGCCCCUUGAGGAACCUCCACUUGACCAAGACGAACCAUUCGAAGACCAACUAGAAGAGCCUUUCGAAGAGCCGCCAUUGGAGGAAGACUUAAGCGGCCAGGAAGGAAUCGAAGCGAAGGCUUUUGAUGACCAGCUCGCCGAUGAGCUGGAGGGACAGCCUGCAGUUGAAGAAGAGCUCCCCCUCGAGGAGGAACCCCCGAUCGAAGAUGAUAUGCCGAUUGAAGACGAUCUACCGGCUGAAGAAGAACUACCGGCUGAAGAAGAACUACCGGCUGAAGAAGAACUACCAGCCGGCGACGACUUUCCAGCCGAGGAGGAGCUCCCAGUUGAUGAUGAUCCGCUGGUUGAAGGCGAUCUACCAGCCGAGGAGGAAUUCCCAGUCGAGGAUCUGCCAGCUGAGGAGGAGCUUCCAAUCGAGGAGGACUUCCAGGCUGACGAGGAACUUCCACUUGAAGAUCAGCCCUUCGAAGAACAACCAGUUGAGGGAGAAACCUUCGACGAACUGCCUAUGGAUGAUGCGCCGUUCGAUGAUCAACCGCCGAUGGACGAUGCACCCUUUGAUGACCAGCCGCCUAUGGACGAUGCGCCCUUUGAUGACCAGCCGUUCGAUGAACAACUCACGAAUGACCGAGGCUUCGACGAAGGUGGAGGCCAAGACAACUUUCCUUUUGACAACGGCGGUAAUCCCGGUAUGGACAACGCAUAUCCGCAAGACAACGUUGAUCAAAAUGGCGGGAACCAGUUUCAUGAUGAUGGCCUCUACUCUGGGGAAGGGUACGGGGAUCCGAUCGACGACUUCUCUCAGGGUGGCGGCCAAGAAAGCUUUGACCAGUACGAUGAUCACCUUAACGAGCCGGCUCCAGAACAGAACUUUGACGAACCUUAUCAGGACGACUUUGCUCAGAAUGAGUUCGAUGAGCCCGGCAUCGUGGAUGAUGGUUUUCAGGACAACAUGGGCUACCAAAACAACGAGUUUGAGGAACCGCCCCCUGGCGAAGCUCUGAUGUCCCCAGAGCCGCCGCUUACACCUCCACUGGACGAUUUGGGCGACAACCAACCCAUGAGCCCUGCUCCGCAAUAUGACGGGAGCGAGUUCGGUCCAAUGACGCCGCCCCUAGAUGAAGAUGUCCCCCCAUUACCGUCGCCCGGUCCUGAAGAUGGAUUUGACGACCCGGGGGACGGUUUCGAUGACCAGUUUCAGGAUCCACCACUUGAAGACAACUUCGAUGACCAAUACGAUGAGGCCCCGGUCGAGGAUGACUUCGCCGCGCGAGAUGGCCAAGACAUGCCACUCGACGACCAGUUUCAGGAGCAGCCAUUCGAAGAACAACCGUUCGAAGAGGAACCGUUCGACGAACAGCCAUUCGAAGAGCAACCGUUUGAAGAGCAACCGUUUGAAGAGCAACCGUUCGAAGAGCAACCGUUGGACGAACAACCAUUCGAAGAGCAACCGUUCGAAGAGCAACCGUUGGACGAACAACCAUUCGACGAACAGCCAUUCGAAGAGCAACCUUUCGAAGACAACUACAACGAGCAACCGCAGGAUGACUUCCCGGUUGACGACCAAUUCCAAGAGCAGCCUUUUGAAGAGAAUUACAAUGAUCAGCCGCAAGACGACUUUCCAGCCGACAACCAAUUCCAAGAGCAACCUUUUGAGGAACAGCCUUUCGAAGAGAAUUACAAUGAUCAACCGCAAGGUGACUUCCCAAUGGACGACCAAUUCCAAGAGCAGCCGUUCGAAGAGCAACGUUUCGAUGAGCAGCCUUUUGAGGAACAGCCUUUCGAGGAGAAUUACGCCGACCAACCACAAGAUGAUUUCCCAGUUAAUGACCAAUUCCAAGAGCAACCUUUCGACGAGCCGCCGCUCGAGGACAACUACAACGAUCAACCACAAGAUGACUUCCCAGUUGACGACCAAUUCCAAGAGCAACCAUUUGAAGAGCAACCUUUCGAAGAUGACUACAACGAUCAACCGCGAGAUGACUUCCCGGUUGAUGAUCAAUUCCAAGAGCAACCGUUCGACGAGCAACCGUUCGAAGAGCAGCCUUUCGACGACAAUUACAAUGAUCAACCGCAGGAUGACUUCCCAGCCGACGAUCAAUUCCAAGAACAGCCUUUUCAUGACGACUACAAUCAGCAACAUCACGAUGAUUUCCCUGCCGACGACCAGUACCAGGAGCAGCCUUUCCAUGACGCUUACGACGAGCAACCCCAUGACAACUAUCCAGUCGACGACCAAUACCAGGAAGAACCUUUCCAAGACGAUUACAAUGCGCAACCUCAUGAUGACUUCCCGGCCGACGACCAGUACAUGGAACAACCGCACGAGGAGCACUUCGACAAUUAUGAUGCGCGGGAAAUGCGCUCCCCGGAACCCGUUGACAACGACAUGCUCCCGGAGUUUCCAGCCCCAGAAGACCAAGAAGAGUAUGGCCCGGACGGCUAUGCCUCAGGCAAUCAUGCCCCAGCUCGUUCGCCGUCUCUACAGGAGAUGCAACAACCCGAGUUACAAUACGAAGAAUACCCACCCGGCGUUGAACCGGCGCACGAUGUGUACUAUGAUGCCGAUGAACCGACCGAGCACCCGGAGGAUAUGGUACCCUACCAGACAAAUGAGCCAAUGGAAAUGGUGGGUACCUACGAUGAGCAUCAGGAACGGUUGCCCGUGCCCGCCGGGCAUGGAGUGAACAGGGUGCAUAAAAAGGAGAAAUACCAAUGGCUGCUCCCGAUCAUGUCGACCGCAACCAUGGGCUGGGCUACGGAAGAGCUCGAGGAACACUACCAUGCGGCGAACGUGAAGGCUUCUGGGUUCAGUUUCACCGCUCUUGCAGCCAAACUCUUCGGCUCGAAGAAACCAAAGGACGGUGCCGACGCUGACAAGGACGACCAACACCUCGCUGCAGAAGGAGUGGUGGGGGCCGGAGAUGAGAUGCGUUCGCCUGAUCCCAAUGGCGAGAUGCACCCCGACAACACGCUGCAAGAUCCCGCGAUGGUUGAUCAAAAUGGGGAGAUGGCCGAUCAAAAUGGAGAAUGGGAAGACGUGAAUGAGAAUGACCCGGUGGACAAGAAGGAGAGCAAAGGCAAAAGGGGCCUGUUCGGCCUGUUCGGCAACAAAAAGAAGGAGGGGGAUCUCGAAGCCCAGAAUCAACAAUUUCAGGGGGACCAAGACCCAAGCAUGCAAAACGACCAGUUCAACCCUGACGCCCCAAUCGGCGAGGAUGGGUACGCCAACGGCCAGUAUCCGGACGAGCAGGGCAUGAACGGCGACGGAUACGACAACCAGUACAUGGACCAAGAUUUGAACGGCCAGCAGAACGGCCAGGAGAACGGUAUCAACCAACCGGCGAAGAAGCAAGGAUUCUUCGCUGGCCUAUUCGGGUCGAAGUCCAAAUCUCGAAACCAGCAAGGUGCUGGCUUCAACGAUGGCUAUGGCUCCCAGCAGCCAGCGAAGAAGAAGGGAUUCUUCGCUGGGUUGUUUGGGUCGAAGUCUAGACCUCGGAACCAGAACGAGGGUGGCUUCAAUGAUGGCUUCAACAAUGGUUCCCAGCAACCCACCAAGAAACGAGGCUUCUUCGCUGGACUAUUUGGGUCCAAGUCGAAAUCCCGGAACCAACAUGGCAAUGACUUGAACGGCCCUCAGCAGUAUGGCGAUGACUUCAACGGUGGUUCCCAACAGUAUGGCGGCGACUUCAAUAACGGUUCUCAGCAAUAUGUCGAUGACUACAACGGCGGUUCACAACAACAUGGAGAUAACUUCAAUGUCGAUCCCCAACGGCCGGCCAAGAAGAAAGGCUUUUUUGCUGGACUGUUCGGACCGAGCAAAUCCAAGCAACGCAACACUCAGGUCCAGAACACCGGCGAUCCUUACAAUGAUGGAUCCAACAAACCUGCAAAGAAAACCGGGUGGUUUGCGGGUCUGUUCGGCUCCAGCAAGAAGCAAAAGAAGAAGAAUAACCGGAACGCGAACGGGACCGGCGAGGAAUACCCGAUGGAAACUUUCUCCGGUCAGGAACCCGUCAACUAUGACAACACCAUGAGACAAGACGGCUACAACAACAACAACACCAAUGUCCAUGACUCCACCCAGAAGCCAAAGAAGAAGGGGUUCUUCGCCACCCUCUUCGGCUCCAAAAAGAAGACCAAAUCCACCACACAAAACACCAACCCGGACACCAUCAACCAGCAGCCCAAAAAGCGCGGUUUCUUCGCCAGCCUCUUCGGUGCCAAGCCAAAGAAGAACAACGACAUCGAGAUGGGCAACCUCAACCAAUCGGACGAAGCCCGCGUCGGCCGCGUGAGGACGGGCAGCCCGCAGCUGCACCAGGGCGAGUCCGGCGCGCGGCAGUCGGCCAUGGCUGACGUCAUGGACGACGGCAACUUCGAGGACAUCCCAGACAAGAAAAAGAAGAAGAAGCAAGACAGGAAGGACAAGAAGGCCGCGAGGGCGGACAGGAAGAACAAGGGCAAGGGCAAGGAGGUGCGGCGGAGCGUCGUGUAUGACGAGCACGGGAGGAUGGUGAAGGUGCCGCCGAAGGCGAGGAAGGCGCCUGGCAAGAUGCGGUACGCGCCGAAUCUGCCGAGCGACCGCCUGUAUCAGCAUGUGAACGGGCCCAAGCCGAUUCGGAAGGGCGGUGGACGGACGGCGGCGGCGGCGGCCAACCCGGGGAAUUGGUUCUGGAUGGAUGUGUAUUGGAAGUAGGCGAAUGGGUGUGUCAUGCCAAAGAUUGAGACAAAAGCUCUCGAGAUGGAAGGGGAAUAAUUGGAUGGCGCAUGGAUAUGGAAGGAUUGUGGUGUUGGACUUGUACAUGUACACGGACGAAGAUUAUAGGUGAUUUCACGUAGCUAGAGAUGGGCGCGGAUAAUUAUAUCGCAGGAAAAGAGUAUUUAUUAUUACUGUUAGAAGAAAGGAAAUAUACCCA